AGUAAGUUUCUUCACCAAUUCAAAAAUGGAGAACAUCAAGUCAAACAGAAGAAGAUCCGGUUUCUCCAGAGCGACCGCUACAAAAAUAUUCACGUUACUGCUCGUCAUAUGCCUAGCUGAAAGUGCUACAGAGCAGAGAAUUAACAGUAGAGGCUCCAAGUCCUCUGAUAUCGUUGCGAAAGUCAACGGCUGGCGUAGUCAACGUGGAGGCUCGUGUCUAAGCUACGGUCACUCGUGUUGGGGAGCCCACGGAAAGCGAUCAGGCAGACCACCGGUGAGUGCCCCAGAUUGGUACCUCACAAGGAUGCUGCGACGUAUAGCUUCUAACUCGGAACUGGCUCACCCUCAGCCAAUUGAUUCAAGGAAUGAUGUCGCCAUCUACCAGGUGGACACACCAAAUGACUCGAGCGCUGCGGACAAACUGAACGUUGACAAUGAAAACAUCAUCGUGGACUCCACAGCCAGCAGGAACGUUGAAGCAAAACCCAUGUUAGAUGAUGAACUACUGGCGAAGAUCAAGCUCUGGCAAAUGAUGAGAGACGCGACAGACGACAAAUGAAUAGCAAAAUAAACAAUUAUAUGGACUGACGUUAUUUUCCACACUUCAUUUUCAAAAAUUUUAUUUAAUAAUUUAUUUAAUUGUUAACAUAGUUAAUAAAAGUCUAUUCAUCGUAUUUAGUUAAUAUUGUCAAUUGUAAGGCUGGGUUACAAUUGACCGUAGCUUGUAUAAUAUAGACUAUAGUAUAAAAUGUGCCACUCCAUGUUAAUAAAGCUGUUAUAACAUCCACUUCGU